AUGGUACCCGCUGAGACGCUAAGAAUUCAAAGAUUUGUGGAGGGACUAAAACCUAUGAUAGCCAGUGAGGUAAAGAUGAUACGGGGAAUUAAAACUUAUGCAGAAACAUUAGAGGUAGCCUUGGAAGCUGAGCAGGCAGAAGAAAGAAUUUGGAAGGAAAGCACGGCCAAAAGGGAUGCCAAGAAGAAUAACAAUGAACAGAUCGACCACAAACGAAAACAUGACGGUGGUCAAAAUCAAAGGGCCGACAAGAAGGGUAAGAGUGAAUCAGAAAGUAAUGGGAAUAAGAAACCCUAUGAGGAAUAUCCCAAGUGCCCUACUUGCAAUAGGAAGAAUUUAGAGGAGUGUAUAUACAAGACCAAAGGUUGCUUUGAUUGUGGACAAGAAGGGCACAUUAAAAAGGAAUGCCCAAAGUUGAAGGGCUAG